UCUGGAAAUUUCCAAGGUAAAAUUGUGCUAGAGUAGUGUGCACAUAUGUUGGAUGACACAUUAACUCAUAUGUAAAACGUAAAGGGGGCCCAAGGAAGGACAAAUGCAGAGAUGCUUGCAUACAAAUUUUCUAUGGAACAAUAAUAAUCUGGACCUACCUUGAAUAUUGAAAAUACAAGUCAAUGGUCCAUUCUGCUUGGACAGUUGGCUAGUCUUUGUCACAUGUGUCACCCAUGAACUCAUCACAGUCAAUGGUUGAGCCAUCGCUGGAGACUUUUAUAUUUCGGGAAGUCUCUAUAAGGAUUUGGCAGACAGAGGCAAGUUAAUUUGUCCUGAGAGAUAGACCAGGAGCAGCUUCUCUUAUCGAUCCCUCCCGGCCAUGGAGGUUGCAAUAUCUGCAGUUGCAGGUGAACUUGUCAGCCGGUUCAUCUCUUUCCUGAUGAACAAGUACAAUUCCUCCUUGAGCCAUGCACAGUCAGAGGAGGAGGGGAAAGUAGUGGAGAGAUUGCAGCAUCUCCUGAUGAGAGCUGGCACUAUAGUCGAGGAGGCAGACGCGCGAUACAUAACCAACUCCAGGAUGAUGAUGCAGCUCAAGAUACUCUCGGAGGCCAUGUACGCAGGAUACCGCGUGCUGGACACCUUGAGGUAUCGAACCCUCCAAGAAGGUACAAGGUUCGAUGAGGUGCACGAGGCUAGUUGAGAGGAAUAUCUCCAUGUUUGGUGAGCAUCCAAAACUAUGUCUUGACUCUUGAGAGACGUCUACUCUACAAAUAGAUCAGAGGGAUUUUGUUUUGCGCUUGGCUUCAUUACUGAAGUUCAUAUGUAAUAGUCCAAACAAUGGCCU